AUGAGCUGUUUAGAUGAUGGAUGGCAGAAAUUGAGAGUAUUGUGUAUGAUGGAUAGCAGCAGUGGGAAAAAGGUCUUGUUGGAAGGGUGGUCGUUGGUGCUGGCCACCAGUUUCCAUGAGGGAUUUUCGAGGGUAUGGUGGCCGUCGUUGGAUGCUGUUAGUCUUUUGGGGUUGAGGAGGGUUGGAAAGGGAAGAGAUGUUGGGUUAAACCAAAUUGCUUUAUUCGAAGGUAAAGUGGCUGGAGGAAAUGGGGAGCAAGUUCUGAGCAGGGAUGUAUACAGGCUUGGACAACUUCUUGACUUCUUUAGAAUGCUCUCUUUCUACUUCACCACCGUUGGUUACUAUGUUUGCACAAUGGCUUUCUCUGGACUGGAUCGAGGAAUUUCAGAGGCAGCUACAAUUAUGGGUAACACUUCAUUGAAUGCAGUGCUAAAUGCUCAAUUCUUGUUCCAAAUUGGAGUUUUCACUGCAGUGCCAAUGAUAGUGGGCUUUAUACUUGAAAUGGGAUUACUGAAG